AACAGCAUGCUCUCCCUCAGCCGCCACUGCAAGCCCUGAGCGUGGGACGGUUGAACCCACACUGCUCUUCCUCUCGUUAGGAGAACACCUUCAAACUGCGGGGGCUGCUGCUGCUGCUGACUCUCAUCUCAAACAAUAAUGUAAAAGGACGAGAACCGUUUGUCAGAUGUUUCUCUUACCGUUGCUUCAUCGUAGCUACUUCACUGCCCCUGACUCCACAACCGUCCGCCGCGCAAUUUCCAGUCCAGCCACAGCAAGUUAUCGCAAGGACACCUGGAGUGAGAUGCGGCAAUGUCCCGAGGAACAUGCCCACGCGUAAACUUCUGCGGAUACUUAUGGAUUUUUUCAGCAACUUUAUUUGCGGUGAAUGUGGUCGACGUGUUGGCGUACAGCUGCCAUGAAGUAAGGACUGCGUUUCAACUGGGCCAAAUUGGUCCUCUGAGCCGGGUACCAGAGUCACCUGGCACAGAUGUGGACCUGUUGGUGUGUAAGCACCAGGGGCCGACCUGCUGCACACGCAAGAUGGAGGAGAGCUACCAGUUGGCAGUGAAACGGGACACCCUGCAGAACAUCCGCUCCUACAGCUUCGAGCUCAAGUACCUCCUCACCGGCCACGCCUCCGCCUUCCAAGAUGCGUUCCAGUACCUGCUCUCCUUCUCCCAGGGUCACCUGAGCUCCUUGCUGGUGGCCACCUACCCCCCGCUGGCCGACGACGCCCUGCCGCACGUCAACCGGCUCUUCUCCACGCUGUCGGACCACCUGCGCGGCGCCAACGUCUCCGUGGAGACCGCCGUGCACCGCUUCUUCAAUGGCCUCUUCCCGCUCGUCUACACGCAGCUGGUCAACCCGGGCAUGGCGCCUGACACCGGCUCGCCAACGUCGUCUUCGGCGACCAUGACGACGGAGGCGGAGCAGGGCGGCGGCGGCGGCGGCGGCGGCGGCGGCGAGCUGUCCGACUGCCUGCGCAUGACCCGGCAGGACAUCAACCCGUUCGGGCCGCACCCGGCCGCCAUGGCCAAGGAGCUGGCGGAGUCCCUGGGCGCGGGCCGGCACCUGGGCCUGGCACUGGCGGCGGGGCUGGAGCCCAUCAACGCCACGGACCACCUGCUGCUCAGCAAGGAGUGCGUGCGGGGGCUGGUGCGGAUGGAGUACUGCUCCCACUGCCGGGGCCUGACGCUCAUCAAGCCCUGCCUGGGCUACUGCCUCAACGUGCUGCGGGGCUGCCUGGCGGGCCCGGCGGAGCUGGACGCGCCGUGGCGCCGCUACUCGGCGCUGCUGGAGCAGCUGACCCACGCGGUGGCCGGCCACCACAGCCUGGAGCUGGCGCUGCUGGGGGUGCGCGACCACGUCAACGAGGCCCUGCUGUACGCCCAGCUGCACGGGCUGGUCAUCACCGCCACGGUGAGUGCCCCCCGCCGCCGCCGCGCAGGCCGUCUGGGAACGCGUGCGUACUGA